GAUAUCCCUACCUACAACGUUUUUUUAGAUCUGAAAUCGUUCGAACGUCGGUUGACGGAAGUCAUCGCCUACAUGCAACCAUCUACGACUGCCUGGCGGAGUAAAACUGUACGAUUUUGCUCGAUGGCGAUAUCUUUCUUUUAUUCACAAAUUCCCUUGAUUAAAGAAUUUACCACAGAUUGCUUCAGACCGAUGUUGUUCUGUCGGUAA